AUGCGCGAAAAGAGAAGAAUAAGCCUUGUAGCAGGCUCAUACGAACGCUUCAUCUGGGGUUUCACUCUCAACCCCAACAAACAAACCCUAAACCCUCUCUUCUCCUACCCUUCCCAUCUCUCCCUAAUCAAAUCCGUCGCCAUCUCCGGUUCCGUCGUCGCCUCCAGCGGCUCCGACGACACUAUCCAACUCUACAAUCUCUCCGCCGCUUCCUCCCUCGGUUCCCUCACCCACCACUCCUCCACCGUCACCGCUCUCUCGUUCUACUCGCCUCCUCAUCUUCCUUUCCCUCGCGAUCUCGUUUCUGCAGAUGCCGACGGUUCCCUCGCGAUCUUCGAUGCUGACGGUUUCGUUCAUCUCAAGACACUUCCUGUUCAUAAAAAGGCUAUCAAUGAUCUGGCUCUUCAUCCGUCCGGGAAGCUUGCCCUGACUGUUUCGCGGGAUAAUUGUUUUGCGAUGGUGAACCUUGUUCGUGGUCGGAGGAGCUUUUGUUGUCGGUUGGAUAAAGAGGCGUCAAUUGUUCGAUUUGAUGCUUCCGGUGAUUCAUUUUUCAUGGCUGUUGAUAAGGUUGUUUCUGUUCAUCAAGCGGAGGAUGCUAGGUUGUUGCUUGAAUUGCAAUUCCAGAAUCGUGUUUUAUGCGCUGCACCUGCUGGGGUUAUACUCUACUGCAUACAUGUGCUGUAA